GGUAUAAUCAAUUGCUUUGCACUGUGCAGAGACCGUCUUGAAAAAAAAAAUUGUUUUACUUGAUCAACAACUACUAGUUGUGCGGUCAGUGGUCGCUGUCGUGUGCUCAGAUUGUAUUAAUUGCAUUUUAAAAGAGAUUAUUUCACUUUCAUAUUAUUUACAAAGUUGUGCUUAACUCGGUCAAUUAAUGUUAAUAAUAUAGUAAAGACUGUGAUUAUAUAGGUAUACCAUUAAUUUCUUAGACAUUGGUGUUAUGUGCUGGAAAUACCUGAGAUAACUAUACGUUAGAACAAUAAAUUUAUUUUAUGUUAAAGUGAAUCGCUUCAAACGAUGACGAACGAUAAUGAAAAAUCCGAUCAAAAUUUGAAUAACAAUGAAAUUGCCGAGGGAACCACCGAUCCGGAGACGAGCACUACGAAAUAUCCAUAUCCUAAAUCUAUUUUCUUCAUCAUCAGUAAUGAAUUUUGUGAAAGAUUCAUGUACUAUGGAAUGAGAACGGUUUUGGUGUUGUAUUUGACAAGGAAAUUAUUUUGGGAUGACGAUACAGCUACCAUUAUUUAUCAUCUAUUCACAACGCUAGUCUACUUCUUUUCCGUACUGGGUGCCAUUUUAUCCGACAGUUGGUUGGGCAAGUUUAAAACCAUUUUAUUUUUGUCAAUGGUAUACUCUUGCGGUAGUAUAUUAAUGUCGUUAACUGCUAUGCCUGAUUUAAAUAUUCCGGGAAGGGAGUUCACCAUAGUUGCGUUAUUGCUCGUGGCUCUUGGAUCCGGUGGUAUCAAACCGUGCGUCGCUGCUUUUGGUGGAGAUCAAUUUAAGAUGCCUGAACAGGCCAAAUAUAUGCUCACGUUCUUUUCGCUUUUCUAUUUCACAAUUAAUUUGGGAUCGUUCAUUUCAACUUUGAUCACUCCGAUUCUUCGGUCCGAUGUUAAGUGCUUCCAAGAUGACGAUUGCUAUUCGUUGGCAUUUGGUGUGCCUGGAGCGUUAAUGGUUCUCUCAAUUAUAAUUUUCUUCGCUGGUAAGCGAUUGUACAAGGUCACCCCACCCGCGGGAAACAUGUUGGUGAAAGUGUCUAGCUGUAUUGGCCACGCAAUUUCUAGAAAAAUGAAAGAAAGAAAGACAAAUCCAAAAGCUCAUUGGCUAGACUAUGCUGUUGAAAAACAUGGCCAGCAACUAGUAAAUGAAGUAAAAGUUCUCCUCAACGUUCUCGUAUUGUACAUUCCGUUGCCAGUGUUCUGGUCUUUAUUCGAUCAGCAAGGAUCCAGAUGGACAUUCCAGGCAACACGAAUGAUGGGUUUCAUCGGAAGUUACGAAAUAAAACCUGAUCAAAUGCAAGUCGUAAAUCCACUGUUAAUUUUGGUAUUCAUUCCAUUGUACGAUGUGCUCUUCUAUCCACUGCUGUCGAAAAUUGGCGUUCGACGUCCACUACAAAAAUUGACGCUGGGCGGCAUUCUGGCUGGAGUUGCUUUCCUCUGUUCAGCUAUUGUUGAACUACAAUUAGAGAAAACUUAUCCCGUUUUGCCCGGAGUCGGUCAAAGUCAAUUGAGAAUAUUUAACGGUCUACCGUGUGCGUAUAACAUUCAAACGUCCAUUCACGGUGCUGAUGAGACUUUCCCAUUGCCCGCAAUGGAUGCCUACCAAGAUAAAUACAUUGACGUUACGGAGAGAUCCAAUUUUACAUACGUAAUGACUCCAACACAAACGAAUGCCGAAUGUCCAGAAUUCCGAGGCACUUUCCAUUUAGGAUCGGAAUUGGCGAUGAGCUAUUUCAUGACUCGACAGAGCGAAAUUUACGAAUACGAAGAUGACCCGAAUAAAUCCCGAACUGGUGAUCCAUUGCUUCGAAUAUUGGUCAAUUCAGCUAAUACGGUGUCGCUCAAGGUCACUGAUGUUGUGCAUCCCGAUAGAUUGGUUAGAUUCGAAGGAAACACAACUGAAAGGGAUCUUAUUCAACUGGUAUCGUCAACGUAUGAAAUUGAAAUUGGUAGUUUUGUUGAGUCUUACGUAAUAACCCAAGGAGCGGUUAAUACUUUGUUUUUGCGAGAGACUCCGACUGGCGAAUACAUUUCAAAGGAUGUUGUUAUAUCUGAACCAAAUUCCAUGCACAUGCUUUGGCUUCUACCACAGUACAUCAUUAUGACAUUGGGAGAAGUUAUGUAUUCCGUAACUGGUUUAGCAUUUUCCUAUGCUGAGGCGCCAGUUAGUAUGAAAUCUGUGUUGCAGUCAUGUUGGUUGUUGACGGUUGCCUUCGGUAAUGUGAUUGACAUAAUUAUCAUUGGAGCUAGAGGUUUUAGUUCGCAGGCGCAUGAAUUUUUCUUAUUCGCUGGAUUGAUGUUCGUGGACAUGAUUAUCUUUAUGAUCCUUGCCUAUCGAUACAAAAGCGUACCAACUACCGAACCCACCGAACAGCCCAAGAAUACUGAUGAGUGACGAAAGAGGUGGGAAAAAGAACGUUUGGAUAAUGUCGCCUUGAAGGAGGAGCAAACAACACGCUUAUCACAAAUUCUUUUGUAAUUGUUUUAAUAAACGUUUAUUUAAAA